AUGGCACCCCCUCCGCCCGCCAACAUCCCUCUGACCCAGAGGCUUCUGCUCCUCGCCCAGACGCUGCAGUUUGCGUGGUUUGCCGGGCACUUGACUUUGAUCAUCUCCGUUGUUCGCUAUUCCCUCUCAUACUUCACCUUCAACUACUACAGCAGAGUUGCCCGCUGGAGCUACCGACUCACCUUCCUCUCCGCCGCUCUUACCUACGGCAUCGUUGUCUACAAGACGUUGAGAGCCCGCAGCAAGGCUGGAGCUAAGACCCCCCAAAGCCCCUUGGCUCUCAUUGCAGACGAGAAUGUCCAAUAUCUCGCAAUGUCCCUGGUCUGGCUUCUCUCCCCCCAGUACCCUCUGGCCAUGCUCCCCUACGCCAUCUACUCCGUCUUCCACGUCGCUACCUACACGCGCGCCAAUGUGAUUCCCACUGUCACUCCUCCUAAGCCCAUUACUCCGGCCGCUGGUGCUUCUCCUAGUGCCAAGCCCCAAUAUGCGCACAACCCCAUUGCCGACAAGAUUGGCGCUUUCGUUAAGGAGUACUACGAUGCUUCCAUGUCCGUUGUCUCCUCGCUGGAGAUCCUCCUUUGGGUUCGCCUCCUUCUUUCUGCCAUCACCUUCCAGCGCCGUUCCUGGAUUCUGAUUGCCAUCUACACUGCGUUCCUUCGUGCCCGCUUCUCCCAGAGCACUCACGUCCAGAACUCGUUCGCUCUGUUCGAGUCUCGCGUCGACUCUGCCGUCGGCAACCAGGGCACCCCCCCUGCCGCUCGUCAGGCCUGGGAUACCGUUAAGGGAGGCGCUCGCCAGUUCUACGCCUACACCGACCCCAACCGGUACCUUAGCGGCACCUCCGUCCCCAAGAAGACCUCGUAA